AUGGCAAGCACGGACUACGACAAGCAUGGCGCGCUCGACAUGUCCGAGUGCGACUACCCGUGCACCGGCGACGCGAGCUUGUCGCGCGGGGGGUACCGUGAAUUCCACGCCUAUGAGCUUGAUGCCCAGAAUCAGCCUACCCCGGCCCCAUCUAACAUAGUUGAUCAGCCCACGGCGUACCUUGGCUGCUACACGGAUGCAGAUGACGUGACGGCUGUCGAAGCAGAUGUGCUCGUCGACCUGGUGCCUUGGCUGUUUUCCUCCGUCGCGGUCCGUCUCGUGUACUUCCCGUCCGCUCUGACCUACACCACCGAGAGUUUUACGACGAAGCUCGGGGUCCAGACGUACUUCGUUGGCGACAUCGUGACGCCUGCGUACGUGCAGCUCAGCGACCCUGGUGGGGAAAAGGUGUCCAUCACGAAACCUGGCUUCAAGACCGACCAUAACCUCUUCAAGCCCUCCCUGUUCAGCUACCCGGUGAUCACCAACGCGGGUCCUGAGGAAGGGGUCGAGGUCCUUGCGCAGUACGUCGACAGUGACAGCGAGCCUUACCUAUCCGGUGCCGCGGGUGGCCAGGAAAAAGUUCGGAUGCUCAGCUACACCGGUGCCGACGGCCACGAGGAGUUGCACGUGUUCUUCACCAUCGGCCGGUUCGACGCCGGCGCGGUGGAUACUGUACAAUCGAACGUGUUCUUUCGGCGUUGUGACACCACCGAACAAGUAUCACAAUCGGUCGACGGCAUUACGUACGUUCCUAACUACGAGGAGACGAUGGUGACGAUGGUGACGAUCAAGGGCAAGUGGUACGGACGGAACCUUGUCAAAGUUUUGCGUCACGUGAAUGUGCACGACACCAACUGGCUCGCCACAAACGUCCCUCUCAUGCAGCAAGACGUUUCCGACGGCACCUGGGAGGCCAACGACGACCUUCUCGCGGGGCUCAUCAGCUACCUCGACUCGCCUUCUUCGUUUUACCACGGCCACCACAUCCUCAUCCACCUGUCCCGCGACCAGCUGCGCGAGCCGGACUGCGUCACCGAGAACACCGAUGAGAAUCGUAACGUGCAGAUCGCUCUCAUGACCGGCAUGUGGGACGGCGACAAUUACAACUGGCGCUCAAUGGUAACGCCCGGCAUCACGGGUCUCUUCAACGAGAACUGCCUCGACUCGGCGGCGCAAAACCUCGUGGCGUGCUACCCUGGCGAAAACACCUUCGACGCCUAGUGAUGUAUUUGUUUUUGGUUGUGAACGAGAUUCGAUUUGUGUUGCCGCUUCUCGCCUACACAUGUGUGGGCUUUCGCGUCAUUCGUUUGAUGUUGUGGUGGAAGAUAUGCCGUGAAUGGCGUACCAGUGGACAUGACAUCUACAACCUUUCCCGUCAGCGGCCCUUUCUAUCCCAGUCAAGCCCGUGCUGCUGUAUUGGUAAGGUCACAGCUAGAAGGGCGCUCUCUGUACAGUGAGUUUUAACGGUAUCUUUGAGCCGUUGAUUCAUUGCCGAGUUAUGGUGGUCAGUGCCACGUAUCUGGUGUGAGCCGCUACAUCCGUCCAGUGAAUAUUUUUUACUCGAGACAUUUGUUUGUUGUUUAGGCUUCAAGGGUAGACGAAGGCUGCAAAUAGUCAAAGCCACACCACACACGCCACGGCGGUUCUUGGCCCAAAGACCCCGGGUGUGUGAAUGCAAGGUCAUCGACCCAGUGGUCUACAUCAGACAGAUAGUCACGUCUUGCAAGUCGCAGUAUCUGGAAGAGGGUCCACCUUUCCACGCUCUCGGACCUCUCUCCAGUCACCCCCUUCCCUCGCGAACCUCUUCGGUGUGGUUCUGGCGAUACUUGUACUCGCAGUCUGGUUCUCUGCGCCAACACCGCUUGCAUGUUUGUUGCAAUAACAACCCUGCUUUGCAGGCUAUCAUGGCAUCGAGAUUACACACAGGCUCGCGACCCAGUACUUCAACUGCUUUACCGGUGAAGUGAUUUGUGAUGAAGAUUGCCGGCCACAUUUACGCGCUGAGUGGGGAUAGCUGCAUACUGAAACCUCACAGAUGGAUUGUUUUUUUUUGGGUCUGCCAGACAAAUAGACGCGCUUCGUGAAUAUAGCUACAUUCUGAAACCUCACGAGUUGAGUGAUGUUGGAUAGUGCCGGACACAUAGACGUGUUGAGUGAGGAAAGACACAUACUGAAACCUCAUAGGUGAUUUGUAUCGGAGAUUGCCGUACAUGUAGACGUGUUGAAUGAGGAUAGCUGCCUACUGAAACCUCACAGAUGGUUUGGUUUCUGGGUUUUCCAGACACAUAGACGCGCUGCGUGGGGAUAGCUACAUACUGAAACCUCACGAGUUGAGUGAUGUUGGAUAGUGCCGGACACAUAGACGUGUUGAGUGAGGAAAGACACAUACUGAAACCUCAUAGGUGAUUUGUAUCGGAGAUUGCCGUACAUGUAGACGUGUUGAGUGAGGAUAGCUGCCUACUGAAACCUCACAGAUGGUUUGGUUUCUGGGUUUUCCAGACACAUAGACGCGCUGCGUGGGGAUAGCUACAUACUGAAACCUCACGAGUUGAGUGAUGUUGGAUAGUGCCGGACACAUAGACGCUUUGAGUGAGGAAAGACACAUACUGAAACCUCACAGGUGAUUUGUAUUGGAGAUUGCCGGACACAUAGACGUGUUGAAGGAUAGCUGCAUACUGAAAUCUCACAGAUGGAUUGGUUGCGAGUUUUCCAGACACACACAUAGACGCGCUGCGUGGGGAUAGCUACAUUCUGAAACCUCACGAGUUGAGUGAUGUUGGAUAGUGCCGGACACAUAGACGCUUUGAGUGAGGAAAGACACAUACUGAAACCUCACAGGUGAUUUGUAUUGGAGAUUGCCGGACACAUAGACGUGUUGAGUGAGGAUAGCUGCAUACUGAAACCUCACAGAUGGAUUGGUUUUUGAUGCCGGACAAAUAGACGCGCUGCGUGGGGAUAGCUACAUACUGA